AUGGAUGAAGAUUCUCUGACAGCUAAGCGAACCUCACUCCCCUACAAUUUUCUCGCCGGUGGAUUGGCAGGAUGUGUUGCAAAGACGGUUAUCGCUCCAUUAGAUCGAGCUAAGAUUAAUUUUCAAUCAACCGAAUGGAGGUUCACCGUACGCGAUCUCUUCCGAUUUCUUCAACAAUCCUUCCGCGAUCACGGCUUCUUUAGCCUAUGGAGGGGUAACACUGCCACACUUUUUCGAAUCUUUCCAUAUGCCGCUAUCCAAUACUCGGUGCACGAGCGUUGUAAACAUGUUUUGGGUAUUGAUCACCCAGAUAUGUCUCACAUGUGCAUACACCUUGAUUUCCACUCUGUCAACUUUGCUCCAUGCACACUUGAUUUUCACCGCCCUGUAACGGUCUUCUUUUAUGGGCCUCUGACAGAUCUUCGGCUUCGGCGAUUACUGGCCGGUUGUACAGCCGGCACCACGUGCGUCGCUUGUACAUACCCUCUGGACUUUUCCAGAGCCAGAAUGGCUGUCACGAAUUAUGAAAAAUAUAACAAUCCUGUGCACGCUAUCCGCACUGUGAUACGGGAAGAAGGCAUAAUGGCACUGUAUCGUGGCUUCUUGCCUACUAUUCUCGGUGUUAUUCCCUACUCCGGUAUUGGCUUUUUCACAUUUGAAACUUUAAAAGGACGGCGGUUGGAUGGACACUUCCGGCAUACUGGCGUGCGGCCACAGAAGUUGCAACCACUUGAGAACUUAUGUUGUGGUGCAAUUGCUGGUGUUCUAGGGCAAACCGCAUCCUAUCCAUUAGACAUUGUACGCCGGCGCAUGCAAAAUGCCAGGGUUACUGGCCAUCCUGAAUACUUAAAAAGUAUCUGGCGUACUCUCCGCAUCGUGUAUUCCACCGAGGGUGUGUUUCACGGAUUGUAUAAAGGCGUUACAAUAAAUUGGAUCAAAGGCCCCAUCUCGUCUGGGAUCAGCUUCACUGUGUUCCACCAGGUGCAACACUUCCUUCACUGGUACGACAAUGUGUAUCAUACGCGGUGA